AUGCUCCUUCAUAAGACCCUUCUUGAGCUUGCUGCUGAAGGCUUCAUUGUUCGCUCAGCUCUCCAUGAUUGGUAUGCGACCUUCCAAAAGUGGUCGGCCGAUACUGGUACACCCACGCAUAAUCCCCAGUCCAUCCUCGCAACCAUAUAUUUUCACAGCAUCUCCAUCUACCUGUCGGGAAUCUUCGACUACCGCGCUCAGUUUAACGAAAUACCCACCCCCACAAUCUCGCCGGCCGUUGUCCAGAACCACGUCGAUGCGAUUCUACGGAUGGCUGAGAUUGCUUUGAAGACCACAGCUUUGGCGUCUGUGUUGUUUUUCUUCCCGUUGCGAGUAGCAGGCGCAAGAGUAACAGCCGCUGCAGAGACAGAGUCAAUUCAUGCCAUGUUUCGAGACAUUUCAGCAAGAGGUUUCGUCGUUGCAGAUGCAUUUACAGCGGAUCUGAGGUCUCUAUGGCGCCGGAAAGGAAUAUAA